UCCUAGCUACGAGACUACAAUACCGCAGGAAAUCCGCCAGCGUUAUCGUAAAUAAUACCUGAAUUAAAAAAAGUCCAGAUCAACAACAAUUUGACUUUAUUAUUUACCUAAAACAAACAACAAGUUGUCAGUGAUUGUAAAGUGUAGUUAAAAGUAUUGUAAUUUUGGGAAAUUGUAAAUUUUCUCGUGUUAUUAAUUGUAAUUUACAGUUUUUAAUUCAAAAUGUGGUGGAUCCUGCGUCGGGCUAGAAUUACCGGUGCCUCAUUCUUCAGCCAGGCUUCCGGAACGGCCAACAAUAACUCUGCGAAGCCAGGCACAACAGAAACCCGCCCACAACGCAAAAACUACAAUCAGCUGGCGUCAAAUGAAAAACUUGACAACAGACAAAUUGAAGACAUCCACAUAGAAGACGCUGACGUAGAUUCAGAUGCGAGCAGUACUGACUUGGAGGAGCGAGACACGCGGAACGUUUGCCCGCCUUGUGCGCAUGACCGAUACAACAACAACAUUCGUCGGCACGCCCAUGACGAUUUCAGUGACGAUACGGAUUAUGAUGAGGCGCUCACAUGCAACGUGUGCGACCGGUCGUUUCCCACACGGCGUCAGCUCAGCGACCACCAACAGAAAAAAAGACAUUUUGGCUGCAGCGCAUGCGACAGCCUGUUCCCCUCGCUGAUGGCGCUGGAGCACCACAAGGAGGAGUUCCAGCACUGGAGCGACUCGUCGUGCUCGCACAGCGACAGCGACGACAGCGACGAGUGCCACGAGGACCGCCACCGCCUGCUCUAAUGCCACCACCUCAUUGUUGCCGGGGACCGCCCCGCCCAGCUGGGCACCUUCGUCUAGUCGCUAGUGUCUCUGACGGACUCUAG